AUGGAUUCCGAUUUGGAGUACAUAUACGAGCACUAUGUUGAGUCGUCCAACGGCUCAUCCAACGAGGAGUACUCAAAUGAGGUAGCGAUGAUGCAGGCGGUCCUUGAAGACGCAGAGCGUGCGGAGGAGCAUGUUCUCAAUUUCAAGGGCUCGAUCAAGGGUCAUCGAGUGCUCAACCGCGAUAGGGCACGCGGCCAUUUGACACUGAUGGCUGACUACUUUGCCCAGGCUGCACUCUUCGCUGACCAUUUUCGCCGGCGUUUUCGGAUGCGCAAGAUUGUGUUUGAUCGUUUGUACCAUGGCGCCCGGUCCUAUGAUGGCUACUUAAUCUUGAAGAAGGACGCCAUGGGAACGAUUGGCUUCUCUGGUUACCGGAAGUGCACGACCGCAGUACGGAUGCUUGCAUAUGGCACAUGCGGAGAUGCCAUGUGGUCGAGAUUUAAAAAAAAAGAGGGGAUGCUGGAUAUAUGCGGCUACGGUUGGAUGACUGCUUCCCGCAUCCGUGUCUGCGGAAGGAAAUUUGCAGGUUGCCAUUGGAGAUGCCCUAAGGUGGAAGAAAUUGUUGAGCCCCACAUCAGACAGUGGGAUGAGGUGCUUAUUCGCAACGUGUUCUCACCGGUUGAUAUUCAUUGA